CUCCUAGGUUGGGUUAACAGUGGUGCUGGUAGCUAUUCUGGUCGCCGUGAUCUCAGUUAAUCAGUUGUGGAAUGAAGAAUGGGAUAUUAUUCUCAUAUCGUUCCAAGCUACGGCACCUUUCCUGCACAUUGGCGCAGUUGCUGCUGCUACAAUAUUGGCCUGGCUCAUUGCUGGGCAGUUUGCCCGAUCAGAGAAAGUUGUUUUUCAGAUUUUUCUACUCUUUGCAUAUCUUGGAUUCUUAGUAGCACUUUACCUGGUCCCUCUGAUCAUCUACUCUCCCUGCAUCAUGAAGAGGGAGGAUUUGAGCCGGAGGCCAACGAUCAUUGGAAACAGGGGUGUGCCGAUGCUGGCUCCGGAGAACACCUUGAUGUCAUUCCAGAAGGCAGCCGAGUGGCGAGCUGAUGGUUUCAACAUCAACGUGACCAUCAGCUACGACGGUGUUCCAUUCCUGAUGCAUGACACAACGCUGAGGCGGACAACCAAUGUAGAGGAGCUGUACCCCAACAGGGUCUUUGACAAUGCCGCCAUGUUCAACUGGACCAACCUGCAGAUGCUGAAUGCUGGCCUCUGGUUCUUUCAGGAGGACCCAUUCUGGACAGUGCAAACUCUCUCACAGAAAGACAACACGGAGGCUUUGAACCAGUCACUGUGUAAGCUGGCAGAUGUGCUCACCCUGGCGGUGCACUGGAACAAAAGUGUGAUGGUGAACCUCUGGAGACCACCCCCCGAACAUCCCUUCUACACUUCCUGGAUCAAUGUCACCCUGGAAACCAUCCUGGAAUCCGGAAUUGCCCAGGACCUGGUGAUCUGGCUACCGGAGGAAGACCGAUGGAUGGUUCACCAAGUGGCACCAGGUUUCCAGCAGAUGUCCUCCGUGAAACAAAAUGCAACAGCGCUACAUGAGCAGGGCAUCGUGGGGUUAAACCUGCGAUACAAUAAGGUCGAUGCGGAGGAGGUGCGUGAGUAUGCUUCAGAAAACAUCAGCACCAACCUGUACCUGGUGAAUGAGCCAUGGCUGUUCUCGGUGCUGUGGUGUGCUGGGGUGCGGUCAGUAACGUCUGAUGCUUGCCAAGUCCUCAGUGAGGUGCGAGCUCCCACUUGGAUAAUGUCGCCUGGUGAAUACUAUAUGAUUUGGAUAACCUCUGACAUCAUUUCGAUCACCAUCGUGGUGGGCAUUUUCAUCCUGCAGAAAUGGCGACUGGGUAGCAUGAGGACCUAUAACCCGGAACAGAUUAUGCUGAGUGCAGCAGUCCGCAGAUCGAGCAAGGAUGUAAACAUAAUGAAAGAGAAACUCAUUUUUGCAGAGAUCAACAACGGUGUGUCCAACUCUGACAACGGCUCGCUGUGCUCUGAGAGCGGGUUUGAAGGCUUUGCAGAUGAUGUCAGCCCCCUGGGCCGUAGCAGGACGAAGACGCGGAUCGACUGAGAGGCACCGGUGGGCCGUGACUCCUCAUCACCACCAUCCCCCAACUUCUUCCUCCACCCAGACACACACCCCCUUGACUUUGAGACGUCUGGUUUCGGGAACAGCCCCAUUGCUCACCGUCACCCCUUCCCCCUGACCCAACCCCACGCUGCCCAACAUCCUGUCCCACCGACCCAACUCUGCCUCCCUCUACUCCCCACCCCCUGAUGUCCCCCUUUGUUUGAGACAUGGAGAACGUGGACUGGGGUACCACUCUGAACUAAGCUGUCGUCGUGGCAAUACUGAACUGUGUUUUGGGGGGUGGGGCAGGGGGGCUAG